UCUGAGGUAAGUACCAUAUCGGAGGAAGACUCCCCAAUUUACUGCGUUUUAAAAGUUGUUUUUGAUUCUUUUUCCGUCCCAAAGUUCGUCUACGAGUCAAUCUUGACCACACAAUCAACAUCUGACGGACUUCUCUUCGUGGCCGCAGCGUUUUCUCUAACGUCUCUUUGUGCUGUUUUUCGUUUCAGGUCCAAGUCGGUCUCAGUGAAGAUCUGGCGUCGAGGAUUUUUCAACUGUGUGCGAAGACCAAAGCCCAAAUAACUCAGUUUUUCUACUCGAGUAACGGACAUUUGCUUACUACUUUUUUGCUCCAGAUUGUUCAAGAAGGAAAAGCUAAAUUUGAGCCACCACAAUCCCGCCCAUUAUGCCAGUUUUCAGCCAAUAAUGCUAAAGUCAUGACAGUUUACGUUCUCUUAAACUGUUAAAAAGCUGAAAAUUGUUGCUGUUAAGCACAAUAUAUUAAUAGCAACCCGAGACGCAGAGGAGAGGUAUUAAUAUAAGCAGUUAUGGCCGUAGGCCCGGUGGACCCUAGAGAGGUGCUGAAAGGAGUCGAAGCUCUGUUGGGGAAGGAUGGAGAGCUGCGUAGCCUCGAGGGAGUUGCUAAAGUCUUCAGUCUCAUGAAGGCAUCUCAUAAGAUGGUCAGCAGAUGCAUGUACCUAAACAUUUUACUACAGACAAAAUCACAUGAUAUACUCAAUCGAUUUAUACGGGUCGGAGGAUACAAGCUAUUGAACUCUUGGCUCACCUACUCGAAAACCACUACCAAUACCCCGCUGCUUCAGCUCAUACUACUCAUCUUGCAGAAACUUCCCCUGACCGUUGAUCAUCUUAAGCAGAACAACACGGCCAAACUGGUGAAACACCUAAGCAAGAGUGCCGAGACAGCAGAGCUGAGGAAGCUGGCAUUAGAGCUGGUGGAAGGCUGGAUGGCCAUUAUCCGCUCUCAGAGCGUCUCCACCGCAGUCUCACCCAAUGACAAGAAGAAGAAAAAGGAAGAGGGGAAACUGCGCCCGGAGGUGAAGCCUCGAGACAAGGCAGCAGAAGAGGAAAAGAAGAAAGAAAAACCAAAAGCGUACGCUCCAAGUCAUGCAAAGAUUCGCUCUACAGGUUUGGAAGUGGAGAGCCCAGCUCCGGUUCCUGUCAAGAAGACCCCGCCUGCACCCCAGCUCGGGGACAAAUACAACAUCAAACCUGCUUUGCUCAAAAGACCAAGCACGGCACCGUUUGACGCGCCACCGGUAGAGAAGAAGUACAAGCCCCUCAACACCACCCCCAACUCAGCCAAAGAGAUCAAAGUCAAACUUAUACCAGCACAGCCGAUGGAAGCUACUGGAUUUUUGGAUGCCCUUAACUCAGCCCCAGUUCCUGGCAUCAAGAUCAAGAAAAAGAAAACGAAGGCAGUCUCUCCCACCUCUAAUAAGCCGUGUCCCUUCGACAGCAAGCCACAGGCAUACCUAGGCACGCAGGGCAAACCCUCAUCCCCCGAGGCUUCCUCAUCUCAAUCCCCUCCUCAUGAGAACCAAGACCUGGAGCAGCCCGGCACACCGGUGCCCACCGAAGAUCCCGAAGCCAUGGACACCGGCGAUAAACCUAAUGCUCUGGCUGAACCUCGAGGGGAGGAGGAAGCAUUGACUAAGAAGGGCAAAAAGAAGAAGAACGUUCGGUGGGCAGAAGAAGAUAAUCUGAAGGAAUACUUCUACUUUGACCUGGAUGAGACUGAGAGAGUAAACGUCAAUAAGAUCAAAGACUUCGGUGAGGCAGCCAAACGGGAGCUGAUGAUGGACAGGCAGACUUUUGAGAUGGCCCGUCGCCAUUCUCACGACACCAUGGAGGAGAGGGUGCCCUGGACUCCACCACGACCGCUGACCAUAAUGGGCUGCCUGAUCAUUGCCGGGUCCAGCAGCAAAGAGAAGGCGAUCCAGAGAGACCGGGAGAUGGGAAUUCUGCAGGAGAUCUUCCUCAGUAAAGAAAGUGUUCCGGACACUCCUCAUGAGCCGGACCCCGAGCCGUACGAGCCCAUGCCUCCCCGUCUCAUCCCACUGGAUGAGGACUCCACCAUGGAUGAGAAUUUCAUGGAUACAUCUGACCCCACGAUCCCUGCCGGCUCUGCUUCUGGAACUGCUGAAGGCUCCAAACUGCCUCCUGUACUCGCCAACCUCAUGGGCAGCCUGGGCAACAGUGGCCGCAGCCCCCAGGCACAAGGCAGCACGACGCCAGCCAAUAACAACCCAGCUGUUAAUGUGCAGGAACUGCUGACUUCUAUUAUGGGUGCUCAGGGAACGAACCAAUCACCAGAGGAUCUGAUCAAACAGCCUGAUUUUUCAGAUAAAAUCAAGCAGCUUUUGGGCUCCCUGCAACAGAAUCAGAACCAGAAUCAGAACCCACCUCCCAAUGCGCCACCAAUUAACCAAGGUUUGCUUGGUCAUGGCCCUGGCAUGAACAUGAACAACAUGAACAUGCAGAUGCCCAUGAACGGUGGUUUCCCCCCUAACAAGCCCCCCGGCCCCCCGCAUUUUAACCACCCGCCUCCUCCCCGUGGCCCGCCCUUUAACCCCGGCGGUGGGCCGCGCAUGAUGGGUCCCCCGCCCGGGCCACCUGGCCCGCCCGGGCCGCAGGGCAGAGGAGCGGACAACGGCAACUAUUGGGGUGACGACUCCAUGAGAGGAGGUCCACACCGAGGAGGACACUUUCGGGGGAGAGGUAGAGGAGGAGAUCCGGGCUUCAGAGGACGAGGGGGGCGUGGAGGACCACGAGGAGGACAUAACAACAUGGGUGACAUGUCGAAGAGGCCCAUGUGUCGGCAUUUCAUGGUGAAAGGAAACUGUCGCUAUGAAAAUAAUUGUGCAUUUUACCAUCCCGGUGUAAACGGACCACCUCUUCCCCCUCAGCAUGGACACUGAAAAGCCAAUGUUCCUCAAACAUACCACUAGUGGGCGACAGGACUCAAAUUGAGCCUCGUGUACAGUAACAGGAGGACAUGUGUGGGCUGGGAUGGUUGCAUCUGUGAUGGCACAAUCCCAUCUGCUUCCUGUACAAUUACUUCUUCAGGAUCUUAAUAUCAACAUCGGAAUCUCGAUUUGAUGCUACCUUCCUAAAACAAAGGUCUCCAGAGGAAAGCUACGGGAAAAACAGAGUUCUUAAGACAUCGAAACCCAUUGACUUUUGGUUGUUCGUGUAAAUACUGCUGAUGGUGAUUUAUAUGUAGAUUUUUAUUGUACCACUUAUUCGACUGCUUAAGAUUGUACCAUUUCACUCUGUAACCACUAGGACAAGGUGUAAAUAGUUGUCUUCUGCCAGUGGUUAAUAUAAUAGUUAUUUUUUGCUAGCUUCCCCUGGUGCCCAAAAAACCCAGGAUCCUGAGUCUAAGUUUCCAAAUGAUCAUUUGGACGUUCAUCGUUAUACCAGCUUAGAUUUACAUCAUGAAAUUUAACACACAAAGGUUAUUGAUCGUAUUACAAAACAGUAUCAUGUUUAUACAUUGUUAUUUUAAGAUUCAUUUGGUCCCUCAAAUGUUGAGGACUUGUUUUUUGUUUUUUUUCUAUAGAGACUACCAAAUGUGUAAACAUUUACUAAACAGGCAUUUGUGCCUCAUCUUCACACAUUUCAAUGUUUUUCAAGAUUUUGUUUCUUGAGAAAUCUUCCAAACUGAGUUUUCUUGCACUGAAUUGCUAUUAUGUUCUCUCUAUUCCUGAAUGAGAAUACUGUACAUGUGAAUCUUAGCCUGAAGGGUUACUACUACAUGCAAACAAUACCUUCUGUUUAUGGGCACAAGAUACAAACAUUUGAAGUCUCGUUGCAUACUUGAAUUCAGUCCAAUCUUUAUGGAAAAAGAUCCUAGCCUGCUAAAGAAAUAUCAAGCUGUUCUUCAUCUUGUGACAAUCGGAAGAAAUAUCUGUGGGUUAUUUUUUUCUAUGAUUUGAUCUGCUGUGUGCUCUUUCAUGCUGUCCGAGACCUCCGAGUCGUGUUUGUCCUGCUCUAUCAGUGUUCAGCUGAGCCUAACCUGGGCUACAAACCACUAUCAAGGCCAAAUUUAUUCUGGUGUUUUCUGUGAAAACAGUGGCCAUUGUGUCUCUUCUGGGACUUGUUUUUUUCUUUUGUGGUUAAUUCACUGUUCUUUUCUCAUGCUUUUUUUUUUGAUACAAGUCUGAUGAUAUUUUUUUCUAUCGGAUGUUUCAUUAUUGUUUGAGAGAUGUCUAUGCGCCGCAUAAGUGCGACAGGCCUAUUCAGAUAUGGAAAGUUUUUUUUCUACAUGUAAAUUAAUAAAAGUUAUGAAUUUCA